AUAUAUAUAGACUCAUUUUUAAAGAGUAGCUUCAUUUUUUUUUGAGAUGGGCUAUCAAUAUAUAGACCAAACUGAUCUCGAAUUUGUGAGACUCCUGUCCACCCUCGGAAGUUGCUGGUAUUAUAUAGGCCUGUGUAUUAGAAGCUAUCCUGGUCUAUAGCGAGUUCCAGAACAGAGCUAUUGUAGAGAGACUGUUUCAAAAAGAAAAAGAAAAAUCUACCAGGACCUUGUUCUUAGCUAAUACCACUUAUACAAAAUUUAUCCUUAUGAGUAGGCAGAAAAAAGCAUUACUUUUUCUUUUUAUUGCGACUUGUGGCCACGCCUCCCUGCAGUCCUGCUGGCCCCCAGCCUCACCCCAGAUACAUCUUUCGGUCUGGAAUGAAGUCUUCAUUCACGUCCUUAGUGCUUUGAUCUGUUCCAUCCUCUCCCCAGUGCCUCGUUUCCGUUAGGAAAAUACUUCCCAGGCUCAAGCAUACGUACCAGAAAAAUGGGGUUUCUUGCUUUCCUUUUCUUCCCUUUUUUCUUUUCCUUUCCUUUCCCUCUUUCCUUUCUUUGAUGUUGGAGAUCGAACCUAGGGCCUCUUUUAGCAUGUUAGCCAAAGGCUCUCCCACUGAGCUGCACACCCAACUCCUUGCUUAGCUCUUGUUUCUGCCUCCAGCGAUGCUUUUAGGGCUCUGUUCCUGCUCUUAACCAUUCCUCAGGCCCCCAACCCCUCCCUGCGACACCCAUCCAUUCCAAACUUGACCCAACCCUCUAUAUCUGACGUUGUUCCUUCUAAGCUAGGCUUUACAAGUUUAGUCAUCGGCCCCAGCUAGGACCCCUGGUUCUUGACACACCUCUGAGCCCCUUCAAGUUAUGGUUUCUGGUUUUGCGGCUCUGUUAGCUUUCUCCUACCCAAGUCAUGCCUUCUGGGCAUAAGGUCAGGUCCCAGCCUGGUGUCUGACUUGGCCACAUCCCUGAAUCUCUUCCAGCUCAAGUACAGUCUCUGGGCACGCCACUAGUGCCUUGGUGAUAGGCGCACCGGCUGACCUCUUCCUACUGAAGCCACGCCUUCCUACUGAGGCUGACAACCUCCCAUCUGCUCCUCUGACCCUGGCUACACCCUCCACUCAGGCGCGUUUUUUCAAAAUGCCACGCCCCAAACACAUCUCCCCUGUCUCUCGGUCUCGUCUCCCUCUCUGUCUCCCUUCCUCUUCCCCCUCCCCCGGAGCCCCGUCUUUUAGGCGUGCGUCUUCAGUCUGCCCCGAACCUCGUCUAUACACGCCUCGGCCGCCACGUCUCCUGGCUCUGGCCACGCCCUGAGCCCUCUUCUGCCGGAGCCACGCCUCCUCGGCUGCCCCUGGCUCCUUUGGAUUUGCUGCUACACUUAGCUCCACCUCCUGGCCACGCCUCCGGGACGUCCUCGCCACUCCUUCUGGGCUCGCUGCUCCUCCCCGGCCUGGCCGCGCCCUGCACCCUCUCCUCUCUCAAGCCACACCUUCUGGGUUUGCUACCCUCGGUGCCACCCGCAGGCCAAGUCAGUCAGGCCUGGGCAGACACCAGCCCCGGCCUCCAGCCGGCGGAGAAGCCGGCCCGGCCCAGCUCCGGGUCUCAGCCACAUUCCCAGGAACGGAAAGCAGGGCUUCUAGGCAGGCCGCCCAAAGUCGGGCCGGUUUGGCCAGUCCGGCCACCUAAGCGCCCUCAGGGGAGCCCGGGCCUCGCCGCCACCGGAAACGGAAGCGUGGGACAGCAGGACCAUGGCGACGCUGUUUGACCUCCCGGACUUGGUGCUCUUGGAGAUCUUCUCAUACCUCCCGGUCCGGGACCGGAUCCGCAUCUCCAGGUGCGGCCCCGCUCCUCGGGGGAAAGAGCCGGGCAGGGGCUCGGCAGGAGAUGCGAAUCCGGUCCCAGCGGGCCAGGGUCGUUCUAACGGCCGGUCCACCCCUCCAGGGUCUGUCAUCACUGGAAGAGGCUAGUGGACGACCGGUGGUUGUGGCGACAUGUCGACCUGACGCUCUACACGGAUCUUCCGCUGAACUUGGAGUGACUAGACAGGCUGGCCAGAAUUGUGGAUCCUCCUGCCUCACCCUUCCCUGUGUGCUGGCUGGAUUUAAGAGCAUGAGUCUUGAUACCCAGCAAAAGAAACUGCCUUGCUUUAGGGAAGGAAGCUGGCAGAAGAACCGAAUCCCAGGGGGACAGCAGAACCCAGGUGCUAAGCAUCUGUUCCCAGAUAGGUGGAUCCUCUGGGAGCCCCCAUACCUCUCACCCAGUCACCCCACUCUCUGGCUCUUACAGAUGCGUCCAAAAGUCAUGUGGCACCUUCUGCGCCGAUACAUGGCAUCCCGGCUCCACUCACUGCGCAUGGGCGGCUACCUGUUCUCUGGCUCUCAGGCCCCACAGCUGUCCCCUGCCUUGAUGCGGGCUCUGGGCCAGAAGUGCCCCAACCUGAGGCGCCUGUGCCUGCAUGUGGCUGACCUGAGCAUGGUGCCUAUCACCAGCCUGCCCAGCACGCUGAGGACCCUGGAGCUGCACAGCUGCGAGAUCUCAAUGAUCUGGCUGCAGAAGGAGCAGGACCCUACAGUGCUGCCACUGCUGGAAUGCAUCGUGCUGGACCGAGUGCCGGCCUUCCGUGACGAGCACCUGCAGGGCCUUACCCGCUUCCGAGCCCUGCGCUCACUGGUGCUGGGUGGCACCUACCGAGUCACGGAGACCGGGCUGGAUACCAGCCUGCAGGAGCUCAGCUACCUGCAGAGGCUGGAGGUGCUGGGCUGUACCCUGUCAGCCGACAGUACCCUGUUAGCCAUCAGCCGCCACCUCCGAGAUGUGCGUAAGAUUAGGCUGACCGUUGGGGGCCUCUCAGCCCAAGGCCUGGUCUUCCUGGAGGGAAUGCCUGCCCUGGAGAGUUUGUGCUUCCAGGGGCCCCUCAUCACCCCAGAAAUGCCCACACCCGCUCAGAUUGUGGCCUCCUGCCUUACUAUGCCUAAGCUCAGAGUGCUUGAGGUGCAAGGGCUGGGCUGGGAGGGCCAGGAAGCAGAGAGGGUCCUGUGCAAGGGCCUACCCCACUGCAUGGUAAUUGUCAGGGCCUGUCCCAAAGAAUCCAUGGAUUGGUGGAUGUGAAGACACCACCCUCCCAUCCAUCCCUGGGACCUAUCCUAGCCUUUAAAGUUGACCUUCUAAGCAGCAAACUGAAGCAUGUAAAUUAACCAGCCUUGAGGAAACUGUAGGUCACAAGGAAAAGAAGCUAGAAACUUGGGACCUGCAGAGCUGGGGUUGUCUGCCAUUUGUAUGACCUCAGCCUUGCCACCCAGCCCAGCUGGGGAGGCCCAGUUCACACUUUUAGGAAAUGGCAUCAUAGCUACCUCAUGAUUCAUUUGCAAAUCUCCCCCCCCACACACACACCUUUUCCCCAGGACCUGGGCAUCAAACCCACAGCCUUAGGUAUAUUAGUCCAGCACUGCUGUGCUCCUGAGCUAUACUGGAGCCCUGGAACGCCUUAAUCUCUAAUAGACCCCAGAAGACCACUGUAGAGGGGUCAUCUUACAGAUGGACAGGGUUCAGGGCUCUGUGGUCUGCCUAGUUGUCUGCCUAUAUGCUUGGGAGAUGAAGUAAGGGGCAAGGGAGAUAAGCUGUUGAAUUGUCCUAGUGUUCUAAAAGGUUCUCAAUUGUGUUUUCUGUAUUUUGUAUCCUGCCUUUUUCAAGUUUUCUACAUCAUAUAGUAUUUUACUAUUAAAGAAGAUGAAUGAUUUUUUUUCAAA